GGCCCUAGCCUGGAGCUGAUAAACAAGCCCGGCGGCGUUGCCACCACAAGGUUCCGGGACGCACCGAACGAGCCCGAACCUCCUUUCCGGGUCACCGACACCUACCAAGCCACGAGGCUCCCGGUCGCUGCUGGAUACAGGUAGGCCGGACCCUGACCCGGCCAGGCGGCGGCCUCGCACUCCUGCUUCCCAGUAGCCGCGCAACCCACGUCGGGAUACGGUGCACCACCGCCCGGCAAGCCAGCGAUUCGCCACGCUCGGCGGGCUCCGCCCCCCCACGUGGGCUGCGCUCUGAAUGGCCGAGACCAUCUGCGGCGGGCGCGGGAGGGGACGCUGCGGGAGGGCGGGGACAGAGCCGGCCGGGGUCUUGCGGGCCCUAGGGCCGGUCGCCGCGCUCCUCGGAUCUGUCACUCCGCGGUCAUGUGGAGAGGGUGAGAGCUCCGCGAUGUCGCCCUGCUAGGGCCGGCCUCCUCAGGCUGCAUUCUCCCCCCGCGCAGGGCCGCGGUGGUGGCGCCGCGACCCCGCCCUCGCGCGCGGGUCCUUCCCUGUGCUAGCACGCUUCUCCGGGUGCCAGACCCGGCCCCGGCGUCAGGCAGCUUUGCUUCUGCGUUCUGUCACUGCCGGGGUCCCAGCCUUCUCGGGCCGGGGCCUCCGGCGCCGCGGCAGGACGGGGAGAAGAACUAUGGCAUCCUGCGUGGGGAGCAGGACUCUGAGCAAGGAUGAUGUGAACUACAGGAUGCAUUUCCGCAUGAUCAACGAGCAGCAAGUGGAGGACAUCACCAUAGACUUCUUCUACCGGCCGCACACCAUCACCCUGCUCAGCUUCACCAUCAUCAGCCUCAUGUACUUCGCCUUCACCAGGGAUGACUCUGUUCCUGAAGACAACAUCUGGAGAGGCAUCCUUUCUGUUAUUUUCUUCUUUCUCAUCAUCAGCGUGUUAGCAUUCCCCAAUGGUCCAUUUACUCGGCCUCAUCCGGCCUUAUGGCGAAUGGUUUUUGGCCUCAGUGUGCUGUACUUCCUCUUCUUGGUAUUCCUCCUUUUCCUGAACUUCGAGCAGGUUAAAUCCCUGAUGUAUUGGCUGGAUCCCAAUCUUCGAUAUGCCACAAGAGAAGCAGACAUCAUGGAGUAUGCUGUGAACUGUCACGUGAUCACCUGGGAAAGAAUCGUUAGUCACUUUGAUAUAUUUGCAUUUGGGCAUUUCUGGGGCUGGGCCAUGAAGGCCUUGUUGAUCCGUAGUUAUGGGCUCUGCUGGACCAUCAGUAUCACCUGGGAGCUGACAGAGCUUUUCUUCAUGCAUCUUCUGCCCAACUUUGCUGAGUGCUGGUGGGACCAGGUCAUUCUGGACAUCCUAUUGUGCAAUGGUGGUGGAAUCUGGCUGGGCAUGGUCGUCUGCCGGUUUUUGGAGAUGAGGACUUACCACUGGGCAAGCUUCAAGGAUAUCCACACCACCACAGGGAAGAUCAAGCGUGCUGUGCUACAGUUCACUCCUGCUAGCUGGACUUAUGUCAGGUGGUUUGACCCCAAGUCUUCCUUUCAGAGAGUGGCUGGUAUAUACCUUUUCAUGAUCAUCUGGCAGCUGACUGAGUUGAAUACCUUCUUCUUGAAGCACAUCUUUGUGUUCCAAGCCAGCCAUCCCUUAAGCUGGUGUAGAAUUCUCUUCAUUGGCUGCAUUACGGCUCCCACAGUGAGACAGUACUAUGCCUACCUCACAGACACACAGUGCAAGCGUGUAGGGACACAGUGCUGGGUAUUUGGGGUCAUUGGUUUCCUGGAAGCUAUUGUUUGCAUAAAAUUUGGACAAGAUCUCUUCUCUAAGACCCAGAUACUCUACGUAAUGCUUUGGCUUCUUUGUGUGGCCUUCACUACGUUCCUGUGUCUGUACGGCAUGGUUUGGUAUGCAGAGCACUGUGGUCACCGGGAAAAGACCUAUUCAGAGUGUGAAGAUGGCACUUACAGUCCAGAGAUCUCCUGGCAUCAUGGGAAAGGCUCAAAAGGUGCUGAGGACAACCCAACGAAGCAUUCAAGCAACAAUGAAAGCCAUUCUUCCAGACGAAGGAACCGGCAUUCCAAGUCCAAAGUCACCAAUGGAGUUGGAAAGAAAUGAAGGAGGCUAGCUAAUGUUAGAUGUUCCAGAGUGCCUAACCUGAGAGGAAAACAGCACAUUUGGACCUUCCUAUGCGGAGAUCAAAUUGUACAGAAAGAACAGAGGGAGCUUUGGGGAUCAUGAUUUGAGAGUGUAAGUCUUGUCUCCCAUAGACCUAGUGGCUGAACACGGCUUGGGGUCCUUUGCCAACUGCAGGGGUCUCUUGAGUUCAGCACAUGGCCUCUGUUCUCUGGUAGCAAUACAGUGUGCUGGAAGGACAGGAGAGCUGUGUGUUCCCAGCUGCCAGCAAUGGCUCCAUGCUGGUGUGUCUUGUGGAUGCUGUAUAAAUCUCUUCAUUCAGAUGUUGACUUAACAAACUGGUUAAUGAACUGGUUACUGGGGUUUUUUUUUUUUUAUGAGUCUGCCUUUCCAUUUGAUUGAUUAAGUUCAGUCAGUCUGCUUUUACUUCAUGUUUUCAAGUUAAAAUACUUAAAAGCUUCCUGAAUCCACUGCUGAAAUUGGGGGAGGGUUCCUUCUAGAGAAGCAAAGGGUGGAAGGAGCUUUUGUGUCCCUGCUUAGCAUACUCUCAGUCCCCAGCCACAUGGCAGAUGACCAGCCUGAGUGAAGAGGCUGGCUGCUGUCAACUGGAGCCUAGCUUCAGAUUAGAACUGUUUUUUUCCCUUCCAAAUACUGUCCAGACUGAGUGCACAAGAACAACCUUGCUAGAGGAGCUGGGACACUGGGGCUCUCCUGCCAGGUGCCUUUUCCACGUGCUUGGUUUUCCUUCUGUGGUGUGUUGCCUACUUUGUCUUUCUGUCUCAUGUGAGGUGCUAGUGAGUAUUAAUUAACUUCCAUCUGUGCCAUGCUCUACUAGAACAUUCUCCCAGUCUACCCUGGAUCCUUGUUUUAAAUAAAUCAAUUCACAUUAAAAGCUCAUCAAAGAUC